AUGUCGGAUAGCGAGAGUUAUAGCGAACCGGACGCGGUCAUCAUCGACCGCGACGAUGUGAGCAACUACAACCCCGACAAUGUACUUCCUCUUCCGGCCGAGGAGAUUCACAAAAUCAGAGAAUGGCUCGAGCCUACGCCAUACGCUGUUGUCGGCGGCGAGUAUCGGAAACAUCUCAACUCUCACGCAUCUGGGACCGGACAGUGGCUUACCUCCACCGAGGAAUACAAACAGUGGUUGCAUGGCGAGGACUGCGGGCUGCUUUGGAUCAAGGGAAUCCCUGGGUCUGGCAAAUCUGUUCACGCUGCUAAAUUGAUCAAUGAUAUUGAGUCGGCGAAUCCUGGGUGUCCGGUUCUCUAUUUCUUCUUCCGGCAGAUCAUCGCCGCCAACCACACACCACAAGCCCUCACCCGGGAUUGGAUGGAUCAGGUCUUGAAAUACAGUCCGCCGCUGCAACAUCGGCUGUUAGAGUAUGUGGAGAAGAAGAUACCGCUGAGCUCAUUAUCGACUGGUGACCUGCUGAAGGAUCUGCAAAUGGCAUUUCGAGGACUGCCUGAUAAGGUCUUCUGUGUUGCCGACGCUCUCGAUGAGAUGGAUACGGGCAAUGAUGCCUUUCUCAGGGCACUCGGUCUUCUUGGCUGCGACAGGCCUGCCAAGGUCAAGGUCUUGAUCACAAGUCGACCUGUUGCUAGGGUAGAGACGCCCUUAGGGCAGAUUCCUGCUCUUCAUAUCAGGCUAGAGGAGCGGCUUGUUGACGUUGACAUCUCGACCUACGUGCAUUCAGCGCUGUCCGAGUCAUGUAUCCCUCGUGACAAGUGGGAUGCAAUCGCGAGUGCCGUACCCGGCCGAGCGAACGGCCUAUUUCUAUACGCAAAGCUAGCCAUGGAGGCGUUCCUUGAACCGGGUGCAGACCUGGAGACUGUAUUAGCACAUCUCCCUGCGGAUCUCAAUGUUCUUUACACCGACCUGUUGAGGGAGCAUGUCAGACGAUCCGGCGUAUCACCGAGCCUUCAGCGGCUCAUUCUCCAGGCAGUCACCCACGCUACGCGGCCGCUUCGACUGAUCGAGCUGGCUGAGAUGUGCCGAGUCGUAACUCCUGCUGGUGCCGGCAAGGACCUGAGGGCCAUGAAAGAUCUCAUCAGGGUCGCAUGUGGACCGCUGCUGGAGAUCCUUCCCGACGAGACGGUAUCUGUCGUCCAUCACUCCUUCACCGAGUAUCUCAAAGGAACGACGCGUUUGGAAGACGACGAAGGCUAUGCGGUCCUUGGACAAGGUCCAUCGCAGGCCCAGCUGGCCCUGACAUGCCUGCGUUAUCUUCUUACCACAAAAUGUCUCGACGAGGUCAAGUCUAGUAUUGACGACAGCCUGGAGGAACCAGGUUAUGGUGAUUAUGCUGGAGAAACUGAGAGCACAUGGGUCCCUGGCAGCAUAACCGAGCUACGCAUCAAGUUCCCCUUCUUUGCCUAUGCCGUCAGCAAUUGGCACGUCCAUGUCAGGAAGUCGGGAGCGGCUUGCUAUCCCCAAGACGAGAUCAACGCACUUCUUGAUCGGUUCAUCGCCGUCGACGACACGCGCAGGGCUUGGCUCGAGGUUGCAUGGCCGGGAAGGGUAUGGAAUGCACGCAAAUUCUCGGCACUGCAUGUCGCAGGGAGGUAUGGACUGGCGGCGUACGCGAGGGAGCUGGUCGCGAGAAGACCCAGCGACGUGGAUGCAUGUGAUGUCUGCGGCAAAACCCCAUUGUGGUGGGCUGCUUCUGAGGGCCAUGCUGCCACGGUCAGCGAGCUGAUGACUGCUGGCGCCGACCCUACUCACGAGUGCAAGUCCAGCGGAUACCAACCGCUACACGAGGCUGCUUGUAAGAACCACCACGAGGUCAUCAAGAUACUGCUCGAGGCUGGCAUCGAGCCGCUGACCCCGGUUGGCCUCGCGGAACACGAUAUGUGCUACUCUGGCUCCUCCUCCGGCGACAGAAGAUCCGGUCUCACAAUUGCUUGCGAGAAGGGCCACGUCGAAGCCGUAAGCGCAUUCCUUCCGUACGUCGAUCUCGAUUCGUUGCAUCGUGGCUUGUCGUGGGCUGCACUUGCAGGACAGGCAGGCGUUGUCAAGCUCAUAUUGUCGCAGCCUGGGAUCAAUGUUAAUGAAGUGGUCCGAGGUAGCACAGCUCUCUUCAAGGCUUGCUUAAAACGAGACCUGGCUACGAUAGAGGUUCUGCUCGAUGCCGAAGCUGACGCAAAGCUGCUCCACGAGGCUCGGGAACCUGAGUUCGAGUCGUAUAGAAGCUAUACAAGCAGGAAUACUCCUGACGACUCCUACCUGAAGUUCUCCUGUCUUCAUGCGCUUUGCGGCACCGUUCCCGAUAACCCCGCGUCCUACCACGACUGGGAUGAUGACGACGGCUGCCAGAUGGCGUCGCUUCUCAUCGAUGCUGGCGUUGACAUUCACUACGAGACGGAUGGUGGAAAGACUGCUCUGCAUUCUAUCGUUGGCACGUCCUACUACGUAGCUCAGGUUCUCUUACAAGCUGGAGCCUCAGCUAACGCGAGGGACGCCCACGGUCGAACGCCGCUAUACUACUCAUCGAUACCGGCUUGCGUUCAUCUGCUGGCUGACGAGGGCGACGCUGACCUCAAUGUGCGGGACUUGCAUGGAGACACACCUCUCCUCGCAGCCCUGGAGACGUACGGCAAGGAGAACAUAGUCUUGAUGCUUCUCUAUUGCGGGGCGGAUGCUGAGAUUCUCAACGCCGCCGGCGACAAUGCGCUGCAUGUUGCACUUAAGAACUAUGGCGCAUCACGAAACAUUAUCGAAGCGCUACUCAAGAGCGGCGUAGACCCUGACGCGCGGAACCGACGAGGUGAGACGCCCCUGAUGUGCUCGUCCAGUCCCAACGACGCCGAGAAGAUCUGGGACCUGCUAUUGGCAGCUGGAGCCGACAUCAAUGCCCGGGACAGGAAGGGUCACACCAUCUUCUGGCGGCAGGUCAAGCAGGCGCCCAGGGCAAAGGAUGAUGUGCGCUUCCUCCUGGACCACGGAGCCUCGCCCUUUGUAAGGGACUUGCAAGGGAGGACGUGUUUGCACGAAGCUAUCAAAAGGCGUGAUUCUACCUCUAACCAUAGUUCUGUCAGCCCUGAGAGCACUUGGCGCCUGGAUUUCCUGCUGGAGAUUGGCCUCGACCACACUGCGGUUGACAAGAACGGGAAUUCGCUCCUCCACGAGCUUGCCGCCCGAGAGGGAGACAAGGACGCCUACGGGCGUGACUGGGUGCUGCCACUCUGGAAGCGGCUCGUUAACGACUUGAAGCUGGAUGUUGAUCAACAGAAUAGCUAUGCUAACGCGGAAGCAAACACAACACAGUCCAUGGGUCGCACGCCUCUCCAUAUCCUGUGCGAUGCGUUUCCUGGGGAUGCUGAACGGUAUACCCGAGAUCCUGAGCCCAUCGACUUCCUCCUCGCGCAGAUGAAGGACGUCCACGCCAUGGAUGCUACUGGUAUGACAGCGCUGCACGUCGCCGCCACCCGGACCGAGUACUGCACCUUGAAACUCUUGGAGGCAGGUCUCGAUCCUCGAGCCAUUACGAAUGCAGGUGCCACACCGCUGCAUCUUGCUGCCCGGGCGGAACAGAGCAACAUUGUCGGGAUAUUGGUGCGUGCUCUUGAAGACGGACAAGGUCAAAUCCAAGGUAUCAAUGCUAAGGAUGCGGCUGGACUCACUCCGCUCUACCAUGCCGUUCGAAGUGGUAGGCACGAGACUGUGAUGAUUCUCCUCUCAGCAGGCGCGGAUCCGAACGCUGGCUGCGAUCUCUUCAAGGCCUGUGGUGAGUUCGAGCAAGAAAAUGCGCGUCUCACAGUGGUCAAUGACAUUUACUACGACCCGUUGACUCUGCGGGAGUCCGAAAGAGAGGUCUCGGCCAGAGAAGCGAGACUGCACUCUACCAGUUUUCCCCGGGCGAAGGUGUCUUCUCUGGAUACCAGGAGGCUGGAAGAGAUCGUGAAACUGCUGAUACAAUUUGGAGCCGACGCAUCCAGAAUCGCCAAGAGCGACAGCAACUCCCACAGUGUCGUUGGUGACUGUGUGUGGCAAGGCAAGGCAUACACGGCCAGCUGUCUUAUAGACAAUGUCCCGACGUCGCUUUGGGUCGAGGAGGGCAAGAUAGCACCCUACUCAAACUUCCUUUCUAUCAGCGCCGCCGCGUACGAUCCUUCACUUGCCAAGUCGGACAGUUUCCCUUCGGUUGGGCCUGAUCACAAGCGCUCUAUACACUUUGACCUCUUCAUCAAACAAAAGCAAUACCAGCUUGUGAAGGAGCUUGCCAAGCGCGGCACCAGAUUUCUCCCAGAUCCUCGUGACGAAUUCAACUUUAGUCACUUCUCGGUGCUGAUCGAGCAUGGUUUCUACCUACUGGUGAAGAAAAUUGGCGCCAUCGAGGCAAAGCGCGCCCUCGACAAGGGCGACUGGCACGCCUUCGGCGACAGGUCCAAGCCGGGCUUGUGGUGCGCAUACCAGGCGGCGGACGAGGACAAGUCUGAUCGCGGAGGACGCUUCAUUUCUGAGAGCAUGCCGAAGCCUUUCCUACUGCUUGAAGCAGUCCAGCGUUCCUUUCUCAACAUUGAGAUCGUGAAGUCGCUCGUAGAGAACUUUCACGUCGACGUCAACGAGAGAGCUUGGGAACGCGACUAUUCCGACAACCGGUCAGGAUUCACACAUGGUGACUCCGCCCUUCACCACGUCUCACGAGGCUUCCAUUGGUGGCAUGUUCACUUCGCAAUGAAGUAUCUCCUCACAGUCCAGGGAAUUCUUGUCGACCUCCGCGGUAAGGACGGUCUCACGCCUCUCCAUGUGGCAGCUGGGGGUGGCAGGUACUGCAGCAAGCCUGCACCGCAUGCUCGCGACGCAGCAAGGCGUCUUCUCAAGGCUGGUGCGGACAUUCACGCCCUGACCAAUCGUGGUGAGAGCUGUCUUAGCCUGGCUGCGCAUGACAUCCAGAUGGUGUGUCUCUUGUUGGAGCACGGCGCUAUCGCGUCCCCUGAUGACCUUGCGUCGGCCAUCGAAGCUGGCCGGAUAGAUGUUCUCCAAAAGCUCCUAGACGCAGGGCGUGGUACUGGUGAAGAGCGUUCAGACUUGGACCUCAGUUUAGCCCUUCGUACAGCAGGACAGCUGUUCAUGAAGUACGAUCCCAGUGAUCAAGACGACGAUGUCUGGAGGCCUACGGUCGACAACCAGAUCGCCAUUCGGAUGAUUGAAAUGCUCAUCAAACAUGGAGCAAACCCCUUGUGCCACUAUGUGUACUGUUCAGAGGAGGAGUACGACGUUCCGAGGCUACGCUGGCGCCCUCACAUCCACUUCAACGAUGACCUUCCGCUCGCUUGCCCGAGUACGGAGCAUCAGGAGGUGUCCUUGCUCCACGAGCUAAUUCGUACAGUUAGAGACUUCCAAAUUCGACCGUUUCUUGUCCCUGGCCUUGAUAUCAACCACAGAGAUCCGUUUGGACGGACCAUUCUACAUGAAGUCUGCCAGAAAGUUGACUUGCUCAACAAACCCUACAGCCAGCCUCAACAGUCCACGGCUACUGUCCAAGACGAGAGCCAAGAUCACGAAACUACUUUCCAGCGCCUGGUGGCACUCAGUGCCGAUGCCACCGCGCUUGAUCAACGUGGCCAGAGCGCUCUUGUGUCCCUCAUCCGUGCCAGCGGCUGGUCCGCCGCACCGACUUCAGGCGAGAGAAACGCACUGGAGGUUCUACUCCGCCUGGCGCCUGAGCUCGUACACGUUGCUGAUUCCUGCGGCGAUACUCCGCUGAUACACGCUGCACGAGCGGCGACCCGUCCUGCAGCUAACACGGAGAUCAUCAAGCACCUUCUUGCAGCGGGCGCUUCCCCUCUUGUGACAAACAAAAACGGCGAGAAUGUGCUGCACAUGCUAGCAGAAGAUCUCGGCACGGCAGGCCUCCGCGGGAUCUUCCGCGAGCUCGUCGACCGCGGCGCCGACAUCAACCAGCGCAGCAACACAGGAGAGACGCCGCUGUUCAGGUUCGCCCACCGGUGCCCGCAGGACGCCGAUCGUCACUACGAUCCAGACUGGAGCAAGAGACGCGUCAGGGGCGACGAGUACGAGGAGCCGCGGGAACAGGGGGCCAUCGCUCUGCUGCAGGAGCUCGGCGCCGACUUCGCAGCGAGGGAUAACGAGGGACGAGGCCUGCUGCAUGUGGCAGCGGCGGAUGGAGGGGAUGCGGUUCGGUACCAGGAGCUCAUGGCUGCGGGUUUGGAUCCGAUGUUGGAGAACAAAGCGCAGCAGACGGCGAUUGAUGUGGCAGCGGCGCAUUCGAACACUGCGAUACUUGAGAUCUUUGAGAAGAAGGCCAGGAGGUAG